UAUGGAGAGCAUAGUAUGGGGUAAGGAUGCAUUCCCGGAUCAUGUGGAUGCAAUCCGUCCAUCUCAUCCUAAGCUUGUUUCCUUUGGGCAGUGGAAGUGCUCACAAAGUUGGAGAUAGAAUCCAAUCCUAUUUCCGGCCACAAGACGCUGCAAUAGAUCGAACACACGAUAUGCAUACGCUGCCCCCCCACGCAUUCCGGUGCAGUGGCAGCAGCGUAGCUUGCUGCUGAGCUACUCCCCUGUUCAAAUCCUCCUCCUCCUCCUCGAUCCAUGGCUACCGCAUCUGUAAGCCCUAUGGUCAUCGCUCCGCCACUCUCGCUUCGCUCCAAAUUACCGGUCGGGCAUUCCGCGCCACGUUCCACUGCGCCGCCCGCACGCCGCGCAAACGCCGUGCCGCUCCGGUCUCGCUGCAUCCCUGGAUACACCCGGUUCUUGCGAUGGAACGAGAACGCCAAGCCCCCAUGCCUGAUCUUUGCGAGAUCCGCUGGCACUGAUGGUGGACCUACUAAAGCGCUUGCCUUCCCCAGCGUUAUUGCGAUCUUGCAUCUGGCAGUGUCGCUCGGGACAAUUCUCGCCGCCGAUAAGCUUCUGAAGCAGGCCUUCGUCGCCGCUGCUAUUAAGUUUCCGAGCGCCCUCUUUGGGAUGUUCUGCGUGUUCUCGGUUCUGACGGUGUUGGAUUUUGCCGCUCCAUCGGCUGCAAUGGGCCUGGUGGGCUUCUUUGAGCCGGCGACUCUGUUCAUUCAGCGGUGGCUCCCUCUGUUCUAUGUUCCGUCGUUGGUGGUUUUGCCUCUUGCCGUGCGAGAUGUGCCCGCAGCUUCAGGACUCAAGAUCUUUUUCAUCCUCGCUGCUGGUUGGUUGGCUUCGCUUUCUGUUGCAGGUCAAACGGCGAUAACUGUAAGAAAAAUUGUGAAAACAGAAAUGAUACCAGCUGAACCCAUGGCAAAACCCUCUCCAUUUUCAAACGCCGAGCUUUGGACUUGGACUGCUGUUUUCGUUUCAACAUUUGUUCUUGCUUUCAUGAACCCAACAGCACUUGGUACAAGUGCAAGGACAUGCCUCCCAUUUCUAUUAGCUGCAACAGUCUUGGGAUACAUGGUUGGUUCUGGAUUACCCUCUAAUGUGAAGAAGGUAUUCCAUCCAAUUAUCUGCUGUGCAUUUGCUGCAGAUGUGGCAGCCCUAGCAUAUGGGUACUUCUCAAAGUGUGGCAUUGAUGCUGUCCUAGGUUAUUACCUCACCAAAGCAUCAUCAAACCCUGGAGCUGGUGAUAUUCUUAUGGGUUUUCUUGGAUCUGUUAUAAUUUCAUUUGCCUUUUCAAUGUUCAAACAAAGAAAGCUUGUCAGGCGACAUGCCGCUGAGAUUUUCUCUUCAGUGAUUAUUGCGACCACCUUCUCUCUGUACUCGACUGCAAUCGUUGGGCGUCUCAUUGGGUUAGAGCCAACUUUAACCAUAUCAAUUUUACCAAGAUGUAUAACUGUGGCGUUAGCCUUGAGCAUAGUGUCUUUGUUUGAAGGUGCAAAUUCAUCUCUUACUGCUGCUGUAGUUGUUCUCACUGGUCUGGUCGGAGCAAAUUUUGUGCAAGCUGUAAUGGAUAAAUUACGUCUAGAUGACCCUAUCGCUAGAGGAAUAGCAACAGCUUCGAGUGCUCAUGGAUUGGGGACGGCAGCACUGUCAGCGAAGGAACCGGAGGCUCUUCCCUUCUGCGCCAUUGCUUAUGCACUGACUGGAAUUUUUGGCUCGCUGCUUUGCUCUGUUCCAGCGGUAAGGCAAAGCUUGCUGUUUAUAGUUGGGUAAUGCAUUCUUUUAAGUACACUGUUCUGAGUUUGAGGUACACUUCCAAAGUUCAAAUGUAAAAGACAGUGUUCUUUGGUGUCUGA